AGCAAAGCAUACGACCGAUGGUAUGUUUUGCUGGUUUCAUCACUAGACGCAGAUGCGCGUUAGUUGAUUCAAAACUAGGUCUGCCAAAGUGGAGGAUUUGCUGGUACAGGAACGAGAGAAGAAGGCCGAGAGCAAGGAACUACCACGUACAGUCUCAAGUUGAAUCAUGGAGAUCGCUCAUGAGGCCGGAUCUCAUAGGUACAGAGCCUUGGUUAAAGAAGAAAUUAGAGAGAGGAAGUGAAAAAUAUAAUGAUUUGUUGACAAAAAACACGUAUUGGUGGAGAGAAGCCAAUACAGACAAGUUUGGGAAGCUGAUUGAAAAUAUGUUGGAUAAUGGAGAUGGAAUUCGUUAUGGGAUUUUUCAUAAAUUUUUGGUAAAAGCAGAUAAACCGGAGCAUUUAAGGGUCAUACUUAAGUGCCUGACAUGGUUGCAGGCAAGGUGGGAUAAGGACAUAACGAGCGAAGUGGCGGUACCAUUGAGUAAAGCUAUUUAUCGUACCAGGUCACCUGAUUUAGGUAUGCAAAUAUUGAAUGCACCGUGGAUAAGAUUGUGGCCAUCGAUGAAGUCCAUCAAGCCUUUGUUCUUAUUAUGCGCAGAGCUGUCCGAGAAGGAAUGCUUCAAAUAUCCGAAUACAGGACAUAUGCGAUAUCCACCAGUUGGCAAAUCAGAGCUACCAGAUGACUUUGUACCAAUCAAGAAAAGGCAAAUGAACGUCAGGGACUAUGAAGCAGCUAUUGAGGAAGAAAACGCCGAAGAUGAGUCGGAAGGAGAGAAGUGGGUUGAAAAACCGAUAAAUUUGGACCAGAGCUACUCAAAGAUUCUGCGAUAUGCAACGGAUCCCAGGUUUGGGCUGACCCUAGAUCAGGAAGUGGUCGCACUUCAGGCAGAAUACUGGGCAAAUAAAGGAGAUACGAGCCAAGUUGAAAAUUUGAUUAAAAAACUCGAAACAGCUCCAAAGCCAAAAAGACCAAUAAUAUUCAAAAAAACACAAGAUCAUCUUGUUAUAGAUCAUCUCCUUCCAACCGCCUAUCUCGCAUCGGGCAGAGCGGAAGAGUGUCUCAAUGCUGUAAAUCCAAACACAAGAACUCCCAAAACUUGGCGAGCAAAAAUCGCUGCGCAGCUCUCUCUUGGAGAUCCGCUCGCCGCCGUAGAUACGCUCAAGCAGCUCAAAAAUAUCAACAGGCUUGAGUAUGUUCAAACGCAUCUCGGACAUCUAGAAAGAUUAGAAACCGUUCAUAAUGCGUACCAAACGUUCAAGGAGGAGGGUGCGCAAAUUCAUGAAGAAAUCUGGAAUUACUUUAAGAAAUCGAGUCAAGCGCUCAAUAAUAAAUAAUUUCGAAAAUUCAUGCGUCAUCUGCUUAAACGCCUUCCUCCUUCUAUGCAAUAAGUGUCCGCCCCUCGCGCGCCGGUCCAAAAUUCCAUCAAAACAUUAAUGCUUUAUUCGAUCUAUGGAACUCGCAGUUCGCAAUUUACCUUGCCGCCCUGCAGCAGGCAACG